ACCCGACUCCGGAACCUCUUCCAGCGCCCCGCCCGGGCGCCUGGCUGAGAGGGUAGAGGCCUUCCGCCACACGCGUGGCCCCGCCCCGGCCUCCACGUGACGUGGCGUGCGAAGCGCGCACGCGGGGACUCGCGCUGGAGGCGGGCUAGGGCAGAGGGGCAACCUGAGAUCGGUGGGUUGAGGAGGGCGGGGCCACGCCACAGGCCCGCCCCUGUCCUUAGCUGCCUCCGCGCGCCAAAGUCAAACCCCGACACCCGCCGGCGGGCCGCUGAGUUCACUAGCGGACCGGGCAGGUCGGGAUCUGCCUCGGCUGCGCCGCGAGCUCCAGUGCGCGCACCUGUGGCCGCCUCCCAGCCCUCUCUGCUGGACGCGCUCUGGGCCGCCACAAGACUAAGGAAUGGCCACCCCGCCCAAGAGAAGCUGCCCGUCUCUCUCAGCCAGCUCUGAGGGGACCCGCAUCAAGAAAAUCUCCAUCGAAGGGAACAUCGCUGCAGGGAAGUCAACAUUUGUGAAUAUCCUUAAACAAGUGUGUGAAGAUUGGGAAGUGGUUCCUGAACCUGUUGCCAGAUGGUGCAAUGUUCAGAGUACUCAAGAUGAAUUUGAGGAACUUACAACGUCUCAGAAAAAUGGUGGGAAUGUUCUUCAGAUGAUGUAUGAGAAACCUGAACGAUGGUCUUUUACCUUCCAAACAUAUGCCUGUCUCAGUCGAAUAAGAGCUCAGCUUGCCUCUCUCAAUGGCAAGCUCAAAGAUGCAGAGAAACCUGUAUUACUUUUUGAACGAUCUGUGUAUAGUGACAGGUAUAUUUUUGCAUCUAAUUUGUAUGAAUCUGAAUGCAUGAAUGAAACAGAGUGGACAAUUUAUCAAGACUGGCAUGACUGGAUGAAUAACCAGUUUGGCCAAAGCCUUGAAUUGGAUGGAAUCAUUUAUCUUCGAGCCACUCCAGAGAAAUGCUUACAUAGAAUAUAUUUACGGGGAAGAAAUGAAGAGCAAGGCAUUCCUCUUGAAUAUUUAGAGAAGCUUCAUUAUAAACACGAAAGCUGGCUCCUGCAUAGGACACUGAAAACCGACUUCGAUUAUCUUCAAGAGGUGCCUAUCUUAAUACUGGAUGUUAAUGAAGACUUUAAAGACAAACAUGAAAGUCUGGUUGAAAAGUCUUGCUGCGUCGCCUGGGCUGGAGUGCAGUGGCACAAUCUUGGCUCACUGCCAUCUCCUUCUCCCAGGUUUAACCAAUUCUGCCUCAGACUCCCAAGUCAAAGAAUUUUUGAGUACUUUGUGAUCUUGCUGAAGACUACAGGCAGCCAAAUGGUUUCAGAUACUUCAGCUUUGUGUAUCUUCGUAGCUUCAUAUUAAUACAAGUUUCUUUAGAAGACCCAAGUUUUUAACCAUUUUUGUUCUAAGGAAAAAAAAAGAUUUUUAAACGAAUCUUAUGUGAAACUUUUUGACCAGUUUUCUUUUCUUUCUUUUUUUUUUAAAAAAGACAUUUAAAGACAAAGACAUUAUUUCUCAUAGCAGGAAGUGUAGAGGUAGAUGGUUCCAGAAUCAGUAUAGUGGCUAAACUACAUUAGAAAAGAUCCAGCUUCCGUCUUUCCCCUCUUUUGUCGUCCUCAGCAGGUUGGCUUUUUCCCCUGGUGCCUCUCACCUCAUUGGUGACCAGUUUCUUAACUGAACGCUUUAAAGUUACAUAGUAAAUGGUAGUGUGUCCUGUGUAAAUUAGUAUACCUAUUAAAAGUUGCAAAGUAGAAUUAAAGGAAUUCCUAGAAUAAGGAUUCUAAAGUUUUAUUUUAAAUGAUUAUCUUCUUAACAGUUUAGUCCUACCUCUUACUUCCUGCCUCAGUCUGCUUUCUCUACUGUCUGGAUUAAUUAGGCAGCCUGCUAUAAAGUUAAAGUCACACAUUUCUAUUUUGCAAACAUUGUGAUUACUCUUUGCUUUGUACUUUGCUUUGCUUUGUAGGCUUCUGCUUUAAGUUUUUCUCUUUUUCAGACAAAUUACUGAUAAAAAUGAUAUUGCUGUAUAUGUAAUAUAUUCUGAAAGCAUUAUUUUUUGUUGAAUAGAAAAUAAAAUUAAUGAAGACAGAGGCUAGAAAGCAUCCAUUAGUUAAUGAGACACACUUAAUUACUUAUCUCUAAACCAUCUAUGUGAAUAUUUGUAAAAAUAAUGCAUGGAUUCAUCUUAGUUCUGUAUAUAAAUAUAUUUUCUUUCUAGUUUGUUUAGUUAAGGUAUGCAGUGUUUUUCCUGUGUAUUAAACCUUUCCAUUUUGCAUUUUAGAAAAUUUUAUGUAUUUUAAAAUAAGGGGAAGAGUAACUUUCAUUUUGAAACUAUUAUUUUUCUUUCCAAAGUGUCAUUUUUGUUUUUUGUUUCUUAUUCGAAGAUGAUAAUUUAUUGGAUUAACCAGUCCAGAUGCACUGAUCUUUGCAAAGGGGACUUAAUUUCAAAUCUGUAAUUACCAUAUAUAAACUGUCUCAUUAUACAUACACAUUUUUUUUGGUUUGUUUUGGUUUGGUAUAAAUGAAUUCGUUUACUUAAUUAAAUAUUUCUUAACUAUAAACCUCAUGAACUACAGCGGAGCUACACUCAUUGAAAUGUAAUUUCAAUUCUAAAAAGAUGUAACAAUCUUUUUAGAGUUAAAAUUUAUUCUACUUUUAAAUAAAAAAUUAUGAAUAUUAAAGGUGAAAAUUAUAUAAAUUACUUUGAUUCCAUUUUAAGUGGAGACAUAGUUCAGUAAUUUUUAGUAACCUUUAAAAAUGUAUAAUGACUUUUAAAAUUUGUAGAAUUGAAAAGAUGCUAAUAAAAAUUCAUUACUUACUUGUCAUGACUCAAAAA